CGAGAGAGAGGAAGAGCUUGGUGAGGGAGAAGAGCUCGUGGACCCGCUUUCCCGCAACGGUCCCUCUUGGCGCGCGCUGCUCCUCCUCCUCCUCCUCCUCGCGGCAUGUGGCUCGGCGGUGCCGGUGGCUAUGACAAUAGUUAUGGUGGUAGUGGAUAUACACAAUCACCUGGAGGGUUUGCAUCACCUUCAGCAACCCAAGGUGAAAGAAAAUCGAGGUCAAGAUCACAAAAUAUUGUUCCCUGUACAGUGUCACAGUUACUUUCUGCUGAACAGGUAGAUGAUGCUUUCAGGGUCCGAGAUGUUGAGCUUUCGCAGGUCAUUAUUGUUGGCAUAAUCAGGCAAGCAGAAAAAGCACCAACAAACAUUCUCUACAAAGUGGAUGACAUGACCGCAGCCCCGAUGGAUGUCAGGCAGUGGGUCGACGCAGAUGAGGCAGGUAGUGAGAAUGUUGUGGUGCCUCCUCAAACCUAUGUGAAAGUUCUAGGCCAUCUGCGAUCUUUCCAGAACAAGAAGAGCCUGGUUGCAUUCAAGAUCCUGCCACUUGAAGAUAUGAACGAAUUUACCACACACCUGCUUGAAGUCGUAAAUGCCCAUAUGAUCCUCAGAAAAGGCAACAUGCCAAUGUCAAUGAAGAUGCCGCAACCACUUGGUUUGAUGGGGAUGGGCAACACGUCAAGUUAUGGAGGAAAUGGUGCCUUGCCAGUGAGUGGGCUCACAGCACACCAGACUCAGAUUCUGAAUUUGAUUAAAAGCUCCACAUCUGCUGAGGGGAUAAGUCUUCAGGAUCUGCAGUCCCAGUUGCGUAGUAUUAAUCUGCCAACACUGAAGAAAGCUGUUGAAUUUCUUAGCAGCGAGGGACAUAUCUAUUCCACUAUCGAUGAUGAGCACUUUAAAUCUACAGAUGCCGAUUAAUGCUUUGUUUAGAUAUAAUACCUUCGUCUAGUAAACUAUUAGACCAAGAUCAUCAUAUCUGAACUGAGCUGAAGUGUCCUUUGAAUUUGAUUAUUAUGGAAUGAGUGGUUUCUGCCCAGAUCAACCAUCAGAUUAUAAUGCAGAAGUGACAACAAGCUGUACAUCUAUAGAAGGUAGUAUCUUUAUCUGUUGAUGGUGAACAUACUAUUCUAGAUAGACAUAAAUAGUGCACAAAUUAAUAAUAGUAUAAGGAUACACACGCAAGUACAUGUAUUUCAGAAGAGAAAAAUGGGCUUGAUGGUAAGAGCAUACAAACUCAUAAGUCUUUGCUCAUAUUAUAUUUUGGGCAAUUUUGGAAGUGAUAACUCCACCCAGCUGUGACCCUCAACUGGUUGCCAUGGUUUGGAAAUGGCACGUCAGAUUUCUCUAUAGGUAGAAGAAAAAUGCUUAGAGUUGUUAUAUAUUUUUAAAUUCUGAACACAUCUGUUCCCCACUGCACUGUGAAUGCCAAGUAGCCUUUUUUCAAGAAACAUUUCCUAUCUCAAUAAAGCUAUUUUUAUUUUG